AUGAGAUCAAGAUUGGCGGAAGAGAUCGCGAACUGCGUCAUGCUGAGAAGGUCCACGAGAAGGAGCGCCAACUCCGAGAUCCGUUUAACCAGGAUAAUGCAGCUCGCGGAUGGUAUCAGCGCACUACGACAGCCACAGGUAAGACCAUCACCGCGGGUGGUGGCGGGCCUCGAGUACAGGUGGGUCGGUGACAGGACAUCACUAGGUCACCGGCCCUGCCUGUCAGGCUGGAUAUGGACGCAGAGUCAACCCAAAUGCGAACAACUUCCGUGGCAGCUUUGCAGCAGGGCGCGGAAGGAGAGUUUGGGUUGCCAUGCUUAA